CUGAUGAAAUUCAUCAAAUUUUGAAAAUAACUAAUCUUUACGAUGAAGAAGAAGAUAUUGACUUGGAUCAGAUUAUGCUAGAUGUGAAUUUGAAAAGAUCAAAUAUAGAUGAUGAUAGUGAGAUAUUACCAGAGCAAUUUUUGAAAUUGCAAGACAUGAUAAAUUUAGAUAAUCCUACCCUAAAUGAUCCAGUUGAUAAUGAAAAAAAAGUGGAAAAUCUACAAGAAAAAAAUAAUAAAUUAGAUGAAUGGAUAUUGGAUUUUGAACAAGAGAAGGAUUAUAAUCCUAAAACUAUUGUUAAUCUUUUUGUAAACCAAGAAUAG